GUUCGUUCGCAUCUCUUUUGCGCCCUAGCAAAACUUUGAAAACGUCGAACUCCAUCGGAACCCAGUUUGUAAUCAGCCACUUUUCACGCUUAAUCUCUAAGGUUAGUGAAUCUCAAUUUUCUCAAUUGUUGUUCUUUGCGCUGCUCUUCCUAGAAAUUCCACAAUAAAACGAAGAUAAAUCUAUGGUUGUAUUCCUCAAAUUCCGCAGCUUUUUCUGUACAAAAGAAUCCAAAAGAUUGCAAAGCCUAAACCCAUUUACCCCAUUGACUAGAUUUUGUCACUUUGAGUCGAAACCGGGCUUUAAUCCUUCGGACCCAUCAUUGUCGUUAGCACCGAAAAUUGCCCCAAAUAAUGUCGGAAUUUUCUGGGAUUUGGACAAUAAACCACCGAAAUCAUUCCCACCAUACGACGCCGCUGUCAAGCUGAAGGUUGCGGCGUCUUCUCUUGGGGUUGUUAGAUACACGGUGGCCUAUGCGAAUCACCACACAUUCAGGUAUGUCCCGCAAGUUGUUAGGGAGCAAAGGAAAGAGAGGAAGGUGUUGAACCAGUUGGAGAAUAGGGGUGUGAUUAAGGCGGUUGAGCCACAUCUUUGUCGAGUUUGUGGAAGGAAGUUUUACACGAAUGAGAAGCUUGUGAAUCAUUUUAAGCAAAUUCAUGAGCGAGAGCAGAUGAAGAGGGUGAAUCAGAUAGAGUCGGCGAGGGGGACGAGGAGAGUGAAGUUGGUGGGUAAGUAUUCCAUGAAGAUGCAGAAGUAUAAGAAUGCUGUGAGGGAUGUUUUGAACCCGAAGGUGGGGUAUGGUUUAGCUGAUGAGUUGAAGAGGGCAGGGUUUUUGGUUCGGUCCGUGUCGGAUAAGCCACAAGCGGUCGAUGUUGCGUUGAAGAAUCAUAUGGUGGAUAUGAUGGAUAGGAGGAGAGCUGAGUGUAUGGUUCUUGUGUCAGAUGAUUCGGAUUUCGUGGAUGUUUUGAAGGAGGCGAAGUUGAGAUGUCUCAAGACGGUUGUUGUGGGGGAUAUGAAUGAUGGGGCUUUGAAGAGGGUUGCAGAUGCCAGUUUUUCAUGGACGGAAAUUUUGAUGGGAAAGGCUAAGAAGGAAGCAGUAUCGGUUGUUGGGAAAUGGAGGGACCGUGAUGUUUUGAAGAGAUUGGAGUGGACAUACAACCCUGAGGUGGAGAAAGAGAUAUAUGAUUAUGAGGAUGAGGUUGUUGAGGAUAGUGAAGAUGAUUGUGAAGGAACUGUUAGCGGUGUAGUUGAUGAUAAUGUACAUGAGGAGGAUAGCAAUGUUUGGUGGCAGCUGGAUUCUGAUGGUGAUGUUAUUUCUUCACAAUCACUGAAGAGAUUGGAGUAGACAUACAAUCCAGAGGUUGAAGAUGAUGAUAAUGUACAUGAGGAGGAUAGCAAUGUUUGGUGGCAGCUAGAUUCUGAUGGUGAUGUUGUUUCUUCACAAUUACUGAAGAGGUUGAAGUGGACAUACAAUCCUGAGGUUGAAGAAAAACGUAUGACUUUGAAGAUGAGGUUGUUGCAGAGACUGAGGAUAGGGGUGUUGAAGACUGUAUGCCAAAAAGACAGCUGUGCUUGGUUCAAUCUAGAUUCUAAUCCUGAUUCGUUUUUUCAGUCAUGUAGAUGACUGUUGGUGGUUUUAUAUCUCGUAGAGUUUGCUAUGUGCCAGGAAUUAUACCAUUUGAAGCAAAUAAGAAAGCACAGCCUUUCCCAAUCAUACCAGAUUCCCCUUUGAACAGCCUGUACCAUACCAGUGGGAGCUGGAAUUAUAUGUUGAAAAAGCUUUAGUAACAUAUCUAACGGGACACCUUUGAAUUUGAGUUUUUUCAAGCAGUGACUUGUACAUUGAUAUUGCAUGUGGUACCACAGUUGUGGGCUUCGAGUUGUCUGUGUGUGCUACCAUGUGGAUACAGCCAGGGAUUAGGAUCUCCAACAAAUCCUUUGGAAUUGCGGAAUCUGAAAUUGAAGAUUCAGGCCGUCCGUUGCAUUGAAUGGCCUAUAAUAUGCAUUCAAAAUUUUGACUAUAUCAAGUGCUCCAAAAAGUAAAGCCGAGCGCUCCAUACAUUCAGUUUCUUCUGCAUGCCCCUCCUCUCCGUAUGGUUUCUUCCGCCAUAGUUGCCUCCAUGGACGUUCAUCCUUUGUGCCCUUGACACCCACACCCUCACCUGCUCAUCCUCGCCCUUGGAUGGUUCGGUCAUGACCCAUGGUGCCCGCUCCCACAAAGCUCAAAAAGGCGAAG